AUGAAGAUUUCGAUCGCUUGGCUGUCGCUGUGGGCAACUACUGCCCUCGCGCAGUCAACAUCGGGUUACAAUAGUCCAAUUCCAACGGUCGCCGCGACAGUGUCUGCGACGAUCGCCAACAAUGCGGACUCACCGGCAGCUCGAGGACCUGGGUCCGUGGCCACGGUAACAUGCACGGAGACUAUCACCCAAACCGUCACAUGUAACGAGACUAUCACCGACGUCUCGACAGUCACCGUCACUGGUAGCGGAUCAGCUAUCACCGACGUCUCGACAGUCACCAUCACCGCCAGCGGAUCAAAUAUUACCGACGUCUCGACAGUCACCGUCACCGGUAGCGGAUCAGAUGUUUCGACAGUCACCAUCACCGCCAGCGGAUCAGCUAUCACCGGCGUCUCGACAGUCACCAUCACCGCCAGCGGAUCAGAUAUUACCGACGUCUCGACAGUCACCAUCACCGCCAGCGGAUCAGCUAUCACCGGCGUCUCGACAGUCACCAUCACCGAUAGCGGAUCAGAUAUUACCGACGUCUCGACAGUCACCGUCACCGGUAGCGGAUCAGCUGUCACGAAUGUUUCGACAGUCACCGUCACCGAUAGCGGAUCAGAUGUUUCGACAGUCACCAUCACUGCCAGCGGAUCAGCUGUUACCGACGUCUCGACGGUAACGAUCGGCACACCGGUUACGGAUGUCUCAACAGUAACAGUCACCGGGCUUGGAGUCAUCGUAACAAUUACCGUUGGUGGACCAACUAUCACUGAACCUGGAUCCACGAUAACUACUACUAUCGGCGGAUCAACCAUAACGGUGCCAGGGUCAACAAUAACAACUACUAUCGGAGGGGCCACCGUCACCGAAUCAGGCUCGACUAUAACCGUUGGCGAGUCCACAGUCACGGUUCCUGGAUCGAUAGUGACGACUACUAUCGACGGGUCAACCGUCACUGUACCUGGAUCAACAGUAGAGACUACUGUGGAUGGGUCGACAGUCACCCUUCCAGGGUCCACGAUUACCCUUUCUGGUGCAACGAUUACCCUUUCGGGCUCUACGAUUACUCUGCCGGGAACCACGCUACCAGGAUCAUCUGUAGUAGUGACUGAGACCAUAUCAGACUCUGUCACGACUAUUCCAGCGUCGACAAUCACAGCAGUCAUUACUGAGCCUGCGAGCACCAUAACCUUGCCAGGAGGAACGACUGUUCUACCAGGGUCAACCAUUACCACAACAAUCACGCGCCCGGCCAGCACAGCUACUGUCAUCGGAUCAAUUACAAGUUUCGAUACAGUCACUGCCCCAGGUGCCACCAUCACCGAGACCAUUUCUGGGGCAGGGACGACGCAGACACAAACCAGUAGCAGAACCAUCACCACGACUAUCUCCGUCUCCGUCUGCUCAUCUCUCAUCGCUAAUCCAACAUAUACGCCCACCAGUGCGAUUCCCGACGAUUAUACCUGGGGCUGCCCUCCUGGGUAUCUCUGCCAGCCUCCUCACACGGGUGACCGCGCCGGCUGUAAUGUUGAAGCCGGUCUUCCCGCGGUCGGCUACAUUUGUGCUCCCUCAGACUGUAUUGUGGCUCCGCCCUUGAUCUUCAAUCAUUCUAUUGAGGGAGGUCAUCAGUACAACUUUUCCAGAGACUACUACAAUCUCGAUCCGGUAGACUUUGGCCUGAACUACUCCAUCUUCCAGUACACAGAAGAGCAGGUCGUCGGGAACAGCAAGCGCGGCACACGUUCGCCACUCUGGGACUUCGUCGUCGGCCGGAAGCAAAAGAGAGAUUCAGAGGAUAUUCCUUCUCUUUGCUACAACAGCUGCAACGAUGCAGCGCUAGAGCCUCAGUCUAUCGGAAAAGUGCCAGAGUUAUGUCAGAGUGACUCAGCGUUCUCGGCGGACUUGAGCAAUUGCAAGUCAUGCAUCAGCCAUUGGGCUUCGACACCCUCGGUUGUAUAUUCACAAACGCUCUUGCCGUCUUUCUCCCAGUGGCUGGAUUUCUGUGCUGAUGUGACGACAACAGCCGCGGGCACCACCGCGCAAACGACGGCUGCUAGCACUACCGCAAAGACCACUGCUGCUAGUACAACAGCAGAUACAACUGGUGCCUCCACUGGGACGUCCCCGGCACACACAGCUACCACCACCAGCGCUGACACUACCACGAAGACCGACACUACAGGUAAUCAAAGUGGCCGUUCAACUGGAUCAACUACCAGUGGAUCUGGGACAGACGGUUCAAAUACUGGUGCACGUACUUUGACAACAGUCACCGGUUCUAAUUCAGCGAGGUCAAGUGGAACCGCUGGAGAGAGUACGGACUCAUUCUCCGGUUCAUCAGUUACGGGCUCUAGUGCCACGGGCGUCGAUACCACGGGUACCGGGGCUACUGGUGGAAGCACAUCUGGAAAGGUUCCAACUACAACGACGACCCGCGGCGGCGGUGAUAGCUCAUCUGGCACCGCGGGCGCAUCUUCUUCUUCUUCUACCACCAAUGAGGCAUCAUCAGCUAUGCCUGUCUCUCGUGCAGGCCUAAUAGGUCUGUUGCUGGCUGUCGUCGCGCCACUCCUUUAG